AUGGAUGAGUUUGGUGGAAGUUGUUUGAGCAAGUUGUCUCAAGUGCAAGAGCUUAUCAGAGAACUUGAGAAGGAAACUGAAGCCACCAAGUGUGCUACUCUGGUAGAAAAGUUAUAUGCCAUUGUUGAUGGUCUACCUGAAUUAGAUAAGGACAAGAAAGAACAUGGAAAGUUAGAAAAAGAGGUACAGAGUUGUUCUGUGUCAUUAUGGAACAUUGCAGUCACCAGGAAAACUGGUGGCACAAUUAGCAAUUCACUCAAUGCUAAAUUGAGACAUGUUGCUAGUACGCUUUCAUUCGUUGCUAGUGCUGGUACAUCGGAAGAAUUUAUACUUAAACGACAAAUUAUGAUGGGUAUAAAAAGUGGUAGAGCAUGGCUUGAUUGCAGUAAUCCUACUAUGGCUGAGAACUCACUAGAACUGGCGUUACAGUGUUUGGAGAGACACCAAAAUCAAGUGAUUGAUGCAGUCAAUCAGGGGAAGCUUCCAAAUCCUGACAAAAGUAAACUGGAAUUGGAGAAAGACUUCUUUAGGAUAUAUGCAUUUAAAGCAGAAUGUGGUGUUGCUUUGAGUAAACAUGAUGAGGCAUUCCAAUUUAUUCAACGAGCCAAAGAAAUAUUGAAAAGACUUCCAAAAGAGGGUACAUUUCUGUGUUUCUUGUGUUAUAAUUUUGGAGUGGAUACAUUCCAUAUGCAGAAGUAUGAGGAGAGUAUAACAUGGCUACGAGAAAGUUUUGAACUUGGUAAAGGUGUACAAAGUGUAGGGCCAAAAAAUCAGGCAAAAACAUUGAGAGUAUUGGCAAAUUGUUAUCUGGAAUUGGAUGGUAAACAACACUGGCAGAAAGCUUUGAAUGCUGUGGGUCUAGCAAAUGCUGAGCAUUCUCAUCCUGCAGGACUGCAUUUAAAAGUCAAGAUACUUUUAUUGGGAGAUUCUCCUGAUACUAGAUUGCAGUCUGCAUUUGAUGAUGUCUUACGUCAUCCUGAUUUAAGUAUAGAUAUGGCAUUGGAAACUAUCAAACUAGUGACACAAUAUAACAAUGAGUAUUGUGAAAGUGAUCAGAUAGACAAAGCUAAGGAGUUCAUAGAAGAAUGCAUAAACACUGACUAUUGUGAAAGUGAUCAGAUAAACAAAGCUAGGAGGUUUAUAGAAGAAUGCAUAAACAGUGAGUAUUGUGAAAGUGAUCUGAUAGACAAAGCUAGGUUUAUAGAAGAAUACAUAGACAGUGAGUAUUGUGAAAGUGAUCAGAUAGACACAGCUAAGGAGUUCAUAGAAGAAUGCAUAAACAAACAUUUGAGUGGACAGCCAUUGCAGCAUGAUGCAUUGAAGAGAUUCCAGUUUAUUAUAUGGGAGCGAGCUUCACAAGCUUAUGAGAGCAAUAACUUUGAUGAAGCACUGAUAUGGUUUAAUUACUCCCUAAGUCUAUUCAAUAAGAAUGAUGAAAGUAGUUGGAAGAAUUUAUCCAAACUACAAAGAAAUAUAACAUCAUGUCAUAUUGGGUUGCAACAGUUUGACAAGGCAGCAGACACAGUGAAAGAAGCACAGCAGUAUGAUUCCCUCAGUCCUCAUACACACUACUUAAUUUACAAGAUAGCACUUUCACAGUGUGAUAACACUAAAGCUGUUGAUGCAUUGCAAAAAAUGUGUGCACUAGCAAACAACAAAGAUGAUGCAGAAAAGCAGGAAAAUAAACAGGAUGAUAUACAUGUGUUGAUAUGUCUAGCAGCUCAGUUAGCUUUUGAGAAGAGUAACCGAGAAGUAGCAGUGACUGCACUGGAGGGAUUAGUAGAAAAUGCAGAUAAUAUCCAACAAGUGUUGACAUCAUUGAGGUGUCUUAUACGAUUAAAAUUAACCAUCAACUCUGCAGAUGACCAGAAAAGAUCAGAGAACACUGAUAUUCUGAAGUAUGUCGAGACAGCUUACAGCAAACUUACUGAAAUGAAGGGCAAACAGGAGAGCUGUGAAAGUGUACAAAAGGAGGCUGCAUGGUUUAUGAAAAUAGCAUGGAACUUAGGAAUACAGAAUGAGAAUUCCAGUUACAAUAUGCAUCAGUUUUUCUACCACUGUUGUAAGUUUGGUAGAUUGUGUGCAGUUGAUAUGGGUAAUCUAAUUCGACAGAAGACGUGCAUGUUGAUGGCUGCUGCAUCUUGUCUUCAGAUGGCAAAGGACAUCUCAAAUGAACAAGAAAAGAAAACUGCUUUGCAUCAAGUAUUGAGUCAUGUUAAAGAGUGCAGAGAAAUACGUCAACAGAUUAAGGACAAUAAGAUAUCUGAUACAGAUACGCAAAAAGAUACUACAGUGGUGUUACUGGUCCUUUAUGAAUUUGAAGCCUAUGCUAGACUAGGACAGACUGAUGAACUGAGUAAAAUCCUAGAUAAAGCGUUAUCACUACCCUUUGCUGAACCUAAAACAUUUGAAACGAUGGCAGCUUUAUCAAUGGAAUCACCUUCCAAUUGUAAAGUAGUCAGUAUAAGAGCUUUAAAAGUAUCUGUUAAGAAAUACAUGCAGGCUGAGAACCCAGAUUACAUCAAAUGCAGCAAAGUGUUCCGUAGCUUAAUUCAGCUGUCAUUGAAAGACAAUAGUAGUACAGAUAUUGAUAGUAAGGAGGAAACAUGGCAGUAUUAUAUGGAAGUUGUCCAAAUUAUUGAAAACAAGGCAAAGGGUGAUUAUCCUGAAAUAGAAACUGUCUGGUUGAUGACAAAAGCCUGGAACUGUGGUAUAUAUCUGUACAGUGCUUCACAUUAUCAAGAGGCAGAAAGGUGGUGCAGUUUGGCAAUAAAUCUACUGAAACAUUUGUCUGAUUUGAAGUCCAACUAUGAACCACAGAUGACCAUUGUUUAUGCAGAGAUAUUGUCUAAAUUAGAUUCUACUUCAUUCCCAACAGCGGGAGACAAGUUUGAUCGCCUGCAGAAAAGGCCUUGGGGGUAUGACCGGCUAUUUGGUGGCUGGUUAACUGAUGCAGUGAAUGGUUUGGCGGUUGCUGAGGAUCAGCGUAUCGACUUGAAGAAAUCGUCCCUGCUGGUCAAGGUGGCUAGUCCUUCUGGUGAACAGUUCAAAUCAAAACCGCAAGGUGCCUCACCUUACCACGGUAAGUUCUCGCUCGGGACCACAACCGAAGGGGCAGACAAAGACUAG